CUUUUAAAGAGGAUGUUCAAAUUAUCAAUAUUGGUACAUUUUCAAAGAGUAUGGAAAAGCCUGAGGAAAUAGCACUGUCUUUUUCAAAGGAACUGUUUACAGAGGGUGUUGAGUUUACUAACAUUUUCCUAUUUACGAAAAACAGAGAGGUUACUUCAACUAUUCCAAGUGUUGAGAAAAUUAAAAACUAG